AUGAAAACUGAGCUGUGUGAUGACAUAUAUGCUCCAAGUGCCUGGCACGAUAAAACUAUGGUCGAACCAACGUUGGUCCAUACAAAUGCAACAACAGUUUUCGAAUCGACAGAAGCACCAACCCCUCCACCACUGGAAUCUACGGAAUCGACAGAAGCACCAAGCCCUCCUCCACUCGAACCCACGGGAUGGACAGAAGCACUUAUCCCUCCUCCCCUCGAAUCUACGAAAUUGACAGAAGCACCAACCCCUUCUCCACUCGAACCUACGGAAUCGACAGAAGCACCAACCUCUUCUCCACUCGAACCUAUGGAUUCGACAGAAGCACCAACCACUCCUCCACUCGAACCUACGAAAUCGACAGAAGCACCAACCCCUCCUCCACUCGAACCUACGGAAUCGACAGAAGCACCAACUCCUCCUCCACUCGAACCCAUGGAAUCGACAGAAGCACCAACCACUCCUCCACUCAAACCUACGGAAUCGACAGAAGCACCAACCUCUCCUCCACUCGAACCUACGGAAUCGACAGAAGCACCAACCCCUUCUCCAAUUGAAUCUACGGGAUCGACAGAAGCACCAACCCCUUCUCCACUCGAACCUACGGAAUCGACAGAAGCACCAACCCCUCCUUCACUCGAAUCUACGGAAUCAACACAAGCACCAACGACUCCUCCACUCGAACCUACGGAAUCGACGGAAGCAACAACCCCUCCUCCACUCGAAUCUACGGAAUCGACAGAAGCACCAACCCCUCCUCCACUCGAACCUACGGAAUCGACAGAAGCAACAACCCCUCCUCCACUCGAAUCUACGGAAUCGACCGAAGCAUCAACUCCUCCUCCACUCGAACCCACGAGAGCGACAGAAGCACCAGCCCCUCCUCCACUCGAAUCUACGGAAUCGACACAAGCACCAACGUCUCCUCCACUCGAACCUACGGAAUCGACGGAAGCACCAACCCCUCCUCCACUCGAACCUACGGAAUCGACAGAAGCACCAACCCUUCCGCCAAUCGAAUCUACGGAAUUGACCGAAGCAUCAACCCCUCCUCUACUCGAACCUACGGAAUCGACCGAAGCAACAACACCUCCCCCAAUCGAAUCUACGGAAUUGACCGAAGCAUCAAGCCCUCCUCCAAUCGAAUCUACGGAAUUGACCGAAGCAUCAACCCCUCCCCCAAUCGAAUCUACGGAAUUGACCGAAGCACCAACCCCUCCUUCACUCGAACCUACGGAAUCGACAGAAGCAACAACCCCUCCCCCAAUCGAAUCUACGGAAUUGACCGAAGCAUCAACCCCUCCUCUACUCGAACCUACGGAAUCGACCGAAGCAACAACACCUCCCCCAAUCGAAUCUACGGAAUUGACCGAAGCAUCAAGCCCUCCUCCAAUCGAAUCUACGGAAUUGACCGAAGCAUCAACCCCUCCCCCAAUCGAAUCUACGGAAUUGACCGAAGCAACAACACCUCCUCCAAUCGAACCUACGGAAUUGACCAAAGCACCAACCCCCUCCCCAAUCGAAUCUACGGAAUUGACCGAAGCAACAACACCUCCUCCACUCGAACCUACGGAAUCGACAGAAGCAUCAACCCCUCCUCCACUCGAACCUACGGAAUCGACAGAAGCAUCAACCCCUUCUCCACUCGGACCUACGGAAUCGACCGAAGCAACAACACCUCCCCCAAUCGAAUCUACGGAAUUGACCGAAGCAUCAACCCCUCCUCCAAUCGAAUCUACGGAAUUGACCGAAGCAUCAACCCCUCCCCCAAUGGAAUUCACGGAAUUGACCGAAGCAACAACACCUCCUCCAAUCGAACCUACGGAAUUGACCGAAGCACCAACCCCUCCCCCAAUCGAAUCUACGGAAUUGACCGAAGCAUCAACCCCUCCACCACUCGAACCUACGGAAUCGAGCGAAGCAACAACACCUCGCCUAAUCGAAUCUACGGAUUUGACAGAAGCACCAACCACUCCUCCACUCGAACCUACGGAAUCGACAGAAGCACCAACCCCGCCUCCACUCGAAUCUACGGAAUCGACACAAACACCAACGUUUCCUCCACUCGAAUCUACGGAAUCGACACAAGAACCAACGUCUCCUCAACUUGAAUCUACGGAAUCGACAAAAGCAACAACCCCUCCUCCACUCGAACCUACGGAAUCGACAGAAGCACCAACCCCUCCUCCACUCGUACCUACGGAAUCGACAGAAGCAACAAUCCCUCCCCCACUCGAAUCUACGGAAUCGACCGAAGCAUCAACCCCUUCUCCACUCGAACCUACGGGAUCGACAGAAGCACCAACCCCUCCUCCAGUCGAAUCCACGGAAUCGACAGAAGCACCAACCCCUCUUCCACUCGAACCUACGGAAUCGACAGAAGCAGCAACCCUUCCUCCACUCGAACCUACGGAAUCGACAGAAGCACAAACCCCGUCUUCAAUCGAACCUACGGAACCGACAGAAGCACCAACCCCCUCUCCACUCGAACCUACGGAAUCGACUUUUUCUACAUUUCCAACUACUGAAACGACAACAAGACCAACUUUAUCUACAUUCCCAACCACUGAAAUGACAAUAGGACCAACUCUUUCUACAUUCCCAACCACCGAAAUGACAACAGAACCAACUCUUUCUACCUUCCCAACCACUGAAAUGACAACAGAACCAACUCUUUCUACAUCCCCAACCACCGAAAUGACAACAGAACCAACUCUUUCUACAUUCCCAACCACUGAAAUGACAACAGGACCAACUCUUUCUACAUUCCCAACUACUAAAACGACAACAGGACCAACUCUUUCUACAUUCCCAACCACUGAAACGACAACAGGACCAACUCUUUCUACAUUCCCAACCACUGAAAUGACAACAGGACCAACUCUUUCUACAUUCCCAACCACUGAAAUGAAAACAGGACCAUCUUCUUUUACUCCCCCAACAACUAAUUUGACAGCAGAACCAACGGCAAGUCAUAUUGCCGACGAUACUGCAAAAAUGUGCACAUUUCCAACUGAAUUUUCUGAUUGCGCAAGUGCAUGUCAACCAACAUGUGAUAAACCAAUGCCCGAAAUUUGUACACUGCAAUGUGUUUCCGAUCCAUGCGUAUGUGCUGAAGGAUACAUCAGGAAAAGCGACAAGAAUAGUACAUGUGUAUUGAAAAACGAAUGUUCAAAAACGUGCAACGAUUCGAAAAUGGUAAGUCAAUGUGCUCCUUCUUGUCCACCGACUUGCAUUGACCCAUUCCCAAAAUGCAACACAACAAAUUGCAGUGAUGAUCCAUGCGUGUGUCCGGAAGGUUAUGUAUUAAAAAGCAUAGACGAUGAUAGAUGUAUACUCCGGCAUGAAUGUGAAGACUUCUCAUUUUGUACGCGGAAAUGUCCUCCAUUAGACAUAAAUAGAAGAUGCGACGUGUCAGAGGCGUGGUCAUGCUCAUUAAAUAAUUGGAAGUGCAAAACAUACCGUUGGAAGAUGCUGAUGGACAAGUGGUGGCAUGACAGCGGGUGCUCAACAAAUGGAUCGUCAACUACUUUUUGGGAUAAUCCCAUGUUCAAAAUAAAAUGUCCUCACUUAGAAAUAACUUGCCAGAAUUCAACAGCACUUGAAUGUGAAAUAGACGUUCUCGGCUGCAACUCUUGUAUAUGUACUGAUGGAAGAUAUGCAGAUUACGACCAGCUCCAUGCCGUAUGGCAUCGUAACCAAAUGAUAUAUCAGGAAUACAUGAAUGCAUAUGAGAAUGUUCUUCAAAUAUACCGGGAUGAAAAUCAUUGCUAAAGUUGGACUAAGAUGACUUCCUUGGAAGAAGA